CCUUUUUUCCCUCCUCUUCCUCUUUUUUCUUUCUUCUGCAGGUUAUCCACCCUCCUGUUGGAACUUCCCCUCUCCUUCGGAAUGCUUGUUCUCAAGCCAUUGUAACACUCUUUUCCUCUCCAAUCGAAUCAAUGAACCCAACCACUGGCUUCCUGCCGACUUUCGUUUACUUGCAUCGUGGCCGCUGUCACCUGUCUCAACUGUCACUUAUCACAAAAAUCACAAGCCCCGGAAUCCCACCAUCUGCCGGGCCUAGGCAAACGCACUAGAGCCGAACUGCCCAGCAGCUUCAAUUUGCCUCGCACCUCGGGAGUUUUGUUGGCUGCCGUCACUUGUUAUUUUUAUUCUUUGCAUCACAUCGUUUUAUAUUCCUUGCCAAGCGGUCGGUUGACGACCUGUACGCUCUUGCAGUGUCAUUCAUUGGCGGCCAAUCAGUUCCUGGUUGUCGCAAGCCUCUGUUUCAGUCCCCUCCUUCAUACUGGAAUCCUUCCACGGGCAAUCCUAUUCUUUUUUCUCUGGAAUUCCCUCCUUUGAUCGGCGACUCUUAUUUUGGACGCAAUGCCUCGCAUUCCUUCUCUGGCGCUGGGAGCGUUUGCUCUCAUCACGACGAUGGCCACGCUGUGCACACAAAGCGCAGUCAGUGUUAGCAUUUCUCAGACAUCGCCGGGCAGGAUAGCAUCGACAAUCGCCGCUGUAUUCGAAGCUGCGAUUCUGGUCCUUCUAGGAUGGCUAAUAGCAGCUGAUGUUCUACCUACAUUCCCCGGGCAGUCAAAGCUAUGGAGGGGGAUCCUUUUCGGUCUCGAAAUCACAGCUUGUGUAAUUGCGACUGUGACGUCGCUCGUUGGUUUGGUGUACUUGACAAGGCACGAUGGAGGCGCAAAUACACAGCUCCUCAUCGCAUCUUCUGUUACACUUGGACUGGCUGUUUCUAGUCAACUCGUAUAUACUGUUUAUCAGGUCUUGCCUGGUUCAACGCGCGCCCCUGGUAUCUCCUGGCCAGCCCGCAAGGACGAGGAGUCGGGACGAGCGCGCAAGAUCAACCUAAAAGCCAUCAGAUAUAGCCAGACAAUGCCUAUCAUGGAUCUCCCUGGCCCCAUUGCCCAGCUGGACGGCCGAGGAAGUCGGAGCCGCUCCAAUUCGGCUGACGGCAAGUCAAUGGCUGAGACUGUUGCAUCGUCCGUGACCUACGUGGCCCACUCAAUCCGAUCCGUCUCGAGCAAGUCAAAGAUGCGCUCCUCGAAGGAGAGGAGCCGCUCCAUGUCGAUUGACUCGACCGCCAACCGAAGCACCAUGGCUGACGACGCUUUUGAUUCCUGGGACACCUCCUCGGUAGACGUACAUAACCGGGAGGCCGUCCUGGAGAUUUCGACGCCCACGCAAAGCAAGCCUCGCGGACUGGAAACGAUUCCCGCCAGCCCCGUGGCCAGCCGGAGUCCAUCACCACAAUCCUUUGUUGAACUCGAGCCGCCCCGUAUCCAAACCCGGCGCCGCAGCCGAAGCUACAGCCCUGUAUCCAUUCGACGUGAGCUUCGUGAUCUGCCAAACUCAAGCAGCGAGGCUCACAUCCACCCUCUGUUUCGAUCUGACUCUCCUGACCCGCAUCCUUUUGCGACGCCUGGCACCAUUGUCAUGGCAGCUCCGGAUGCGGCGCGGGUCAUUGUCCAUCGAUCAAGCAAUCUUUCUCUCAACCGCCUGCGAAGCGACAGCUUGCCAAUCGCACCCAACGCCUUCGGCAGGCAAGACAACUUUGACUCUAGAUCGCUCAAGGCCUACCGAUCUGAGUUGGAUCUCAGCGAGCACGCUUUUGCCGACAGGGGAAUGGCACCCCCUGCGCCUGAAUGGCUGCGGAGGGAACUAUGAUGGACUCUCAAGGUUCCAUCUUAAUGACUUACGUAUUUGAAUUUUCUUAUUCCCCUCUUCACCUGUUAACGAACCGCACACUUUAUCGAAUUCACCGAGGACGCCAGAAAAACGGAACAAAUGGGAAAUAUAAAGUAGAAGGACAUGGAUGGACAUGGCGAUGAUACCAUUUGUUGUUGGCCAAAGUUUUAGAUGAGCGUGGCGUUGGAUGACUUUUUUCCUUCUCUUUGCAUAUAUAUAUAUAUACCUCAAGAUUCACUUCGCUUCACUUCGUCGGACACGAUAUUUAGCAAAAUAAAAGCAGCAUUGUACUUUUCUC